AGUCACCUGACAGCAACAGAGUUCCCCUGCAUGCUAACGUGUGCUCGGUGAAAUCCCACAGAAGACUUAACCACGUAUUUAUAAAUACGGAUAUAGACAUAUAUUACACAUAAGUGAGUAUUCAGUGAACGUUCAAAGUUGGUGUUCAUGCGGAGGAAAUGAUCACUGUCAUCACUGGAGAGGAUCUGUGGCUAACGCAGCUAGGUAGCUAGCUAGCUGAGUGUAUGCCCCCCCUCCCUGUUGUCUCUUCUGGAUUCUCUGUGACUGCUUGGGGGUAAAUCAGGAAUAAAGAUGCCUCCGUCGGCGGCGUUCAUCAGUGGGAUCCAGAGGAUGAUCCUGUAUGAAACCAGAGCUAGGUACUUUUUGGUGGGGAGCAAUCAGGCACAGACCAAACACCGAGUCCUGAAGAUCGACCGCACAGAACCCAAGGAUCUGGCCAUAAUAGACGAUAAGCAUGUGUACAACCAGCAAGAGCUUCGGGAACUGCUGGGCCGCCUGGACCUUGGAAACCGCACCAAAAUUGGCCAAAAGGGUUCCUCGGGUCUGUCCAGGGCUGUCUCAGCUUUUGGGAUUGUGGGGUUUGUUCGUUUCCUGGAGGGUUACUACAUCGUGUUGAUCACCAAGCUAAGAAAGAUGGCCGACAUCGGGGGCCACUCCAUCUACAAGAUUGAGGACACCAACAUGAUCUACAUCCCCAAUGACUCGGUCCGGGUCGCACACCCCGAUGAAGCGAGAUACGUGCGGAUCUUUCAGAAUGUGGACCUCUCCAGUAACUUCUACUUCAGUUACAGCUACGACCUGAGCCACUCGCUGCAGUACAACCUGACUCUGCUGCAGAGGCCUUUUGAACAGUGGCUGUCGGAAGCUUCUUCCACAGAGGAAGAGGUUCACACCCAGAAUAAGCAGGACAGCUUUGACAUCUUUGAAGAUGAAGGUUUGCCCACACAAGUUGUUUACGGCCUCCAGAACGAGCCGUACUACAAGUACGUGUGGAACGGGAAGCUGCUGGACCGAGUCAAGGACAUAGUGCAUCAUGACUGGCUCAUGUAUAUAAUCCAUGGCUUCUGUGGCCAGUCCAAGCUUUUGAUCUACGGUCGACCGGUUCACAUCACCCUCAUUGCCAGGCGAUCCAGCAAGUUUGCCGGGACCCGCUUCCUCAAAAGAGGAGCCAACUGUGAGGGGGAUGUGGCUAACGAGGUGGAGACGGAGCAGAUUGUCCACGACGCCUCGGUGAUGUCAUUCACAGCAGGAAGUUACUCUUCAUACGUCCAGGUGCGAGGUUCAGUCCCGCUCUACUGGUCUCAGGACAUUUCCACCAUGAUGCCCAAACCCCCCAUACGAUUGGACCAAGCUGACCCAUACGCACAUGUCGCUGCCCUCCAUUUUGACCAGAUGCUGCAGCGGUUUGGCUCUCCCAUUAUCAUCCUCAACCUGGUCAAGAAACGGGAAAAGAGGAAACACGAGAAGAUUCUGAGCGAAGAGCUUUAUCCAGCUGUGAUCAACCUAAACCAAUUCCUCCCUCCAGACCACUGUAUCGACUACAUUGCCUGGGACAUGGCCCGCUACACCAAGAGUAAGCUGUGCAACGUCCUGGACCGUCUGAGUAUGAUAGCUGAGAAUGUGGUCAAGAGAACAGGUUUCUUCAUUAACCAAUCCAGCUUCUACUGUCAUACCCUCAGACCAGACGACAGAUGGGGAGACGUGGGUGGACACAUCACAGCCAAUGGACGAGUGCAGACCGGUGUGUUGCGGACCAACUGUGUGGACUGUCUGGACCGGACCAACACUGCCCAGUUCAUGGUGGGGAAGUGCGCGUUGGCCUAUCAGCUAUAUGCACUAGGAAUGAUUGACAAGCCCAAGCUGCAGUUUGAUACAGACUGUGUCAGGUUGUUUGAGGAGCUAUACGAAGACCAUGGGGACACACUGUCUCUGCAGUACGGUGGCUCCCAGUUGGUCCACAGAGUCAAGACCUACCGCAAGAUCGCCCCCUGGACUCAACACUCCAAAGACAUCAUGCAGACUCUGUCGCGCUACUACAGCAACGCUUUCUCAGACGCCGACAGACAGGACGCCAUCAACCUGUUUCUCCAAGUCUACCAGCCGUCGGAGACCAAACCGCACCUGUGGGAGCUGCCCACUGACUUCUACCUGCAUCAGAAGAACACCAUGGCCCUUCCCCAGGACAGACGCAGUUACACAUUGUGGUGGUCAGAGGGAAUCCUGGCCUAUCUCCCUGUUCCCUAUGAUGAAGUCCCCUGUGAGAACAACAUGAAGAAAGUCAAAGUUAAGAGGGUGAACCACUAUGACGAGAGCACCGACAUCUACACCGAGUUCUUCAAACCUUAUGAGCUCACCUCCUUCGAUGACACCUUCUGCAUCGCCAUGACCAACUCUGCAAGGGAAUUUAUGCCCAAAACCGUUGGAGUGGAUCCAAGCCCCUUCACGGUUCGCAAGCCAGAGGAAACUGGGAAAUCAGUGCUGGGCAACAAGAGCAGUAAAGAGGAGACACUGCUCCAGAGGAAGACCGCAGCCAGCGCACCUCCGCCCCCGAGUGAGGAGGCCAUCUCCAGCACAUCGGAGGACGACUCCGAGGACGACCGCGAUGAUGACGGCUCCGUAUCCCAGCGCUCUACCCCGAUCAAACUGCUAACGGAGUCCGGAGAGAGCACACGCACGCAGGAGGAGCAGCAGCAGACUGCUAAGGAGCCAUAUGGACUCAGCCUGGCCAAGUUUCCUACUGAAAAAGAUGUCUUCAUUUAUGAAAGUUUCGCGCGUCUGGGCGAGAGCCAGCACAAAGUGGAGAGAACUGAACAAAUAAACCUGGCGAACAUCGUCUGCUUAGAGCCGGUGUCCUGCUUCACAGAGGACAGCAUCUACGGAGUUUCCCCCCCGGAGGUCGACCGAGACAGCCGAGAUGUGUUCGACAGCCACGUGCUGACGGGUCAGGGUCAGGUGAGGGCGCUGUGCAGGGACGACAUGUUGAUGUACAGGGAGUACGUCAAGAACAGAUACAUGUGAGACGUGGCUCUCCGUCCAUAACGUGUGUCUCUGGGCUGUUGUCCCGCACGACGUUCAGACUUUAAGACAUUUUGGUUUCAAGAUUUUUGUUUCAAGGAAGAGCGAUAGAUGUUUUCUUUUUGCCUAAUUUACCCACGUCUUUUUUUUUUUUUCCCUGUUGAGAAUUCAGUCACGAACAAGCCUUAACAAACCGCCUCUAAGAUGCUUUUUAGUUGUUUAUCUGUUCUUGAAAAUGCAUUUUUAAUUCCCAAUCUUUUAUGAAAGUUGAUAUGUGCCGUAUAUUUCAAAAAUAUAUUUCAAAGUUUUGUCUCGGUAUUUUUGAGUCCUUCAUUUUUUUUCCACUAAUAAGAUGCUUCUUUAAAAUUUGCCUUUUUCAUUUUGUCAUUUGAGCGUUUGAAAUGUUUUAAAAAAAGUCCUAACAGGAAUGUACGUUUCUUUUUUCCUUUCUUUUAAUUGGUCAGAAACUGUCUUAGAAGUCACACAUGUACUGUACAUUUUUUUUGUGUCAAUGCAUUUCCAUUAUGUCAGCCUCU